AUGAUAUCAAGCAAGGGAAUCUUGUUGAAUCAAAGAAAGUAUGCAUUGCAAUUGGUGUCAGAUCUGGGAUUAGGAGGAACUAAGCUAGCAACAACACAUGUUUAUUUGAAUCGGAAAUUUACUUUACGAGAGUAUGAUCAACAUAUAGGUGCAACAGGAGAUGAGGCACUAGCUGAUGCAUCAGCCUAUCAAAGAAUCAUUGGGAGAUUGCUUUACCUAACAAUAACCAGACCGGAUAUUAGCUAUGUUUUACUGACUCUAAGUCAAUUUAUACAAGCACCCAAAAUUUCUCACUGGGAUGCAGCAGUUAGAGUAGUAAAGUACAUCAAGAAAGAUCCAGGAAUGGGAAUUCUUAUAAGUAGUGUGCAGUCAGAUACUUUAACCUGCUACUGUGAUGCUGAUUAG